AACAACGUAAACAAAUGUAUGUUUACGGAAAUUUUAGUGUGUAGUUUUGUUACACUUUAUGUGGAGGAAUGUUUUGGUGUGUUGCUGUUUUUAUAAGAACGUCAGAUGUAAUAUAGUGAAUUAUGUGGCACUCAAAUAUCAUUAUAUGAAUAAACUUCUGUUCAUGUCUCAUUUUUAGUGUGUGUACGAAAAUAUUUAGAAAAAGGUUUGAGAUCUCAUGUUGGGAAAGAAAGGAAUGUUGACAUAGCCACAGUCGGAAAAAAUAAAAAAUCAAUGCAUAAUUUUAAGGAUUCAGGAAAUGAAGUAUAUAUUGUGCGGUAUUCUGUUCCUCACCUUUUCUGUUUUAGUAUAUUAUUGUUGCAAUUUAAUAGAAAUUGAAAGAGAGGCUGAUUUUCACAUUAGAGAUGUAACGUCUCAAAUUGGGAUUAUAUUUAAAAAACUGGAUAAAAAUGAUGAUGGAAAAAUAGAUUUAACGGAAUUUUUAAUAUUACAAAAUGAGUACAAAAUCUUUCAUUAUGGAAGUACUGAUAGCGAUUAUAAAGUACAAGAAUUUCCUUAUCUUCCCAUUGAGCUUGGAGAGCAAGUUAUAAAUAUUGAAGUUACUUUUAAACCAAUUAGUUUAAAGUCAUUAAAGAAAGAUGUAAUUGAUAUACCUAAGAAUGAAUUAGGCUCUUUACAAGGUUUGUUGAAUUGGACAAAGCCUUUCAAGUCACAACAUUCAUUUGGUGCUAAGAGUUUUUCAUUGUUCCUGCCAAAGGAUUAUUAUAUAAAACCUGGAAUACCUUGGUGGAUAAUUGAACCAAAUGUUAACAAAUAUUCCAAGCCAUUGUCGAGUAAGAGAUACUUUCCACCUGCUGUUGAUGAAAAAUUUCAUAUAUUAUUUGCAUUACUUAGUCUUUUCCAUCCACAACCUUUCCUUUGGACGAGGUUUGCUCCUCAAGGAACUGUUGCUGUAGUACGAGCAGUUGAAAAAGAUUUUUAUGAUAUUUUAUUCAGAAUACAUGCUGAAUUUCAACUCAAUAAACCACCUAUUCAUCCAUUUUGGUUUACACCUUCUCAGUUUCAUGGUCGUAUAAUCAUCAAUAAAGAUGGUACUGUUGUAAAAUUUUUCCAUAUAGAAGUACCUGAUACCAGAGUAAAUGUUGAUAUGGAAUGGUUGAAUGGUCCUACUGAAGAUAGUAUGGAAGUGGAUAUUGGUUAUAUCCCUCAAAUGUCAUUGAUGUCAAAUGCUAUAUCAGUUCCAUCUAAUAGUGAAAGAGGGGCAAAUCAAAGUGUUUCAACCAUUAAGUGGGAUGUUGAAUUACCAUUUGAAGCAGCAUUUGAUGCUUUAGAACUUCAGUUAUUUCCCUUUAAAAAGGUGAAAUACUACAAUAUAUCUGAAGCAUUUAAUAGAGCAAAAAUGGAAUCAAAGUUAGUCCAUGGAAUAAUUUUAUGGGGAAAUCUGGAUGAUCAGUCAUGCUGAGGUUCAGGGCGGACUUUGCGAGAAACAGCUCUUGCAAGUCCGCCCAUAGUAAAUCUUCUCAAGAUGCAUUUCAUAAGUUUUUGGUCUAUUGUGGCAACAUUAGAAGCUUUGCAAAAACAAGAGCAUAAUCCAGAAGCUUCAAGACUUGCUCAUAUAUGCCUAGAAAAGUAUGAAUUUCCUGUAGAGUCCAUUAUCUUCUUCCCUAAUGGGAGUGUCAUUCAUCAUGUUAAUGCAAAUGUUCUAUUGGCAUUGGACGAUGAAGAUAGUUCUUUUUUCUUAGGGAUUCAAGAUCCAGUUGAAAAGCGUUAUCAAGAAUUUUUGGAGUUAGGAUUACUGAAGAGCACAGUUUCAAAAGUUGCAUCCAAAAAAGAAUUGUAAAAAGAAAAAAAUAAUAAUAAUAAUAACAACAAUAUGACUGCUGUUAUUAUUCUGGGGGGGCUGUUGUGAUAAGGGAUUCAAAUAACUAUAAAAAUUAGAUUUAUAUGAAAUUAUUCUACAAUUCUUGCAUUUUCUAAAGAAUUGCAGAACUGCAGCUCAAAAGAAAACUUACUAUUUGUAACUGUGAUAUUUUUCCCGGUUCUUGUCCAUAAUUGUCAACCCCUUACAAAUUUUAACAUGGAAUUUUAUUUUAUGAGUUGAAAAAUUGUUGAAUUUAACUUUUAUUCUUGUUUCUAAAUUUUAAAAAUUAUUAAAUUUUGAAAGUAUGAUUAUAAAUAAGAAUUUAAUGAUUUUUAUACAAGUUUAUGUCUGUUUCUAGAUCUGCAGAACAGGUAAUAUAUGUAUUUAUUAUAUGAUAUUCUGCUAUCAUAUUUUUGCAUUUAUUAACUUUUUUUUUUUUUUUUCUGUGACUGUUUGCUUAUGUCCACUUUGAAGUAUUUUAUAUAUCUGAUAAAAAGAGGAAAUUAAAUUUUUAAGGUUUAGCAGAAGUUAUUUUUCUACAAUUUUUUAUCAUAUGAUAAAACUUCAGUGUUGGCUUACUUUAGCUGCUGCUUCUUCUGUCUCACAGUGCCAUCUGUUAGCAAGGAGGGGAAAUAUGGUGCCAUGAGAGUCUAAAUGUCUUUGAGAGAGGUAAAUGAGCAGGAAGGCUGAACUGAGAUUUGUUACAUAGAAGCCAGAUUUGUAUUAGCUUGACCUGCCUAUAUUUUGAUCUAUUUCUAGACUGAGGACUAAUUGGUCACUGAGGUUGCCACAGUUAAAUGUUUUACUACUAACUUUAUAUUUGCAAAAUAUAUUUGAUGUUAUAAAUUAAGUAUGUAUAAUGAAAAAGGUGGAGUUAUAAAUUAAGUAUGUAUAAUGAAAAAGGAAAAUUAAGUAUGUAUAAUGAAAAGCUAAACACUAAAUAUUGGAUCAUUUCUAACACCAUAUAAGUUUAUCUUUUGUGAUGUGAUUAUUAAUUUUGAAAGUGAAAUUUAAAUUGCAUAUAUGACACAUAAAUUUAGUGUGUUUUGCUAUAAUGUAUUAUAUCCAAAUAUGUUUAUUGCUGUAAAUUUUGUUAUUGGUAACUCUGGUUUUUAUUUAUGAGUAAGAAAAUUGUUUUUGAACUGUUUGACUAAUAUCAUCUUGAUCAAUAUACAGACUGGUGCCUUAAAGUUCAUACUUAUUUCUAAACAUAUUUGUAGUGCUGAAUUCAAAAAUAGCAUCAGUUUUAUCAUAUCAGCUAUAGCUUAAGUGAUGCAUCAUAUUUACCUUAAUGCCAAUUGAACUAAAUAGAUAUAUAUGUGCUUGUGCACAUGUGCAUGUGGAAACAUUUUUAAUGAUGCUGUAGAUAUUAGAAUGAACGUGUAACCAUAAUCAUGAAUGGUUUAAUACUUCUUUACUUCUGACAAAGCAUUCUUGACAUAUACAGCUAAAUAGGUGCAGUGUCUAUGCCCGUCCUUCAACAGUAAUUUUUGUGCUCUUCACAUUUUUAUAAGUUAUAUACAGUAUUAUACUAAGUAAUAUACUAUUACAUGUAUGUCAUGUAAGUAAUGUACAGUUAACACAAGAAAGAAGCAGCAGAUUACAUGUUAGCAGGACAGAGAAGAAUACUUAGGUUCUAGUAUGGCUGUUAGUGAAGUUAUAGUUCUACUUUAUCUUGAUUGGGUUAAUUAAAGUUUUGCUUUUAGAUUUUAUGUUUCUAGAAUGUUUUUUUAUGUAGAAAACCUUUUUCCAGUAUAUAAGAUUGAUUUCUAAGAAUCAUAUCAUGGGAAUUAAUUUUGAAUAAUAUAUUUUUGUAAUAUUUAUAAUAUAAUUCACAAAUUCUAUUGCAUCAUCUUUCUUAGGAACAGAUACUUUAUCACCUUCAUGUUUACUCUCAGUUAAAACUAUAAUUAUUACAUUUAUCAGCAUCUGAGAUCACUUGUUUCUGAGUUAGAUUGGCAGUUAUUUUUGUAUAUUUAUUUGAAGAAUAUGUAGCCAUCUUUACAAAGAUUUUCUAAAAGCAAUGCAAAUUCUGUACGAAAUACCAUUUUAAAAGCAAAAACUAUCAUUAAGUAAUGUACUGGAGUCAGAGAAAUGACAAAAAGGAAAAAAAAAAGAAUAUUGUAGUUACCAACAUGCUCAAUUUGGUACUAAAAUAAAUAUUACUAGUUGUAAGAACUUCAUAUAUAAAUUAUGUUUAGUACAUGAUCUUGUUAGAUGAUUUUAUGGAGUUAUUGAGUGGGGUGAUUCUGAUUUUCCAUUUGAAAAUGUAAAAGCACAUUUCCUUGCUAAACAUGUCUAUGAGAUGCCAUAACAAGAGUUAAAGGUUAAUUAUGUUAUUGGAAUUUAUGAAAUGUGAACUUAUUUAUUUAGGGGCCAUUAAAAAUGCCUCCUGUCACUUUCCUUAUUUACUUCAAGUAAAAUAAUAAAAAAAAACCUUCUUUAUUCUAAGUUGUCUUGAAUUAUUUCAUCAGACAUAGUUGAUAUGUGAUUUGGUCUCUCUCUUAAAAGUUGACAAACUAUUAUAGAUUUUCUUGAAGUCCACUUUUUCAAAUUUAUUGGUAAUUUUUUUAUAGUUCAGUAUCGGGCACAUAAGAUUAAUAUUCAUUUUAUUGAACAAGGAGAGGUUCAUCAUUUUUAGUUGUUAACACAAAUCUUCAAUUGAUGCUCAUGAUGUCUUAACUUUUUUAGGUUUAAAUUUAUCUCACACAUUUCUUUCAUAAUGAUAGAGUGACUUGUUAGAAUAAGUAUGAAUUGUUGUCAUAUUUAGGAAAGAAAAGUAGGCAAAAUCUCCAUUUGUCACUAUAUAUUUGGGAUUAUCUGCUCAUAUAAAGAUCUAAGAUGGCUGUAUCACUUCAGAUUUGGAAAUAAAGCUGAUAUAGGCAGAGAGAUGCUAUUUUUGAAAUCAGCCUCUAAAAUAAGUUUAGGUUUAAUUUCCAAAGUAUCAGAGAAAGGUUUUUGUUUUUGUUAUUGUUGUUGAUCAGUGUAAUACAUUACAUCAAAGUUCAACUAAUUAUCUAAAAUUUGUUUAGCUUGUUUAGCUCUGUGUUUUAAUUGAGUUUUUUCCUUUGUUCAAUGAAAUAUUUUUUAAAAAAUAGUUGUCAAAAUUAUGUGAAACACCUCUGUUAUGAUUUUGAAUGUAAAGAGAUACAUUGCAAAAUAUGCAUUUUAUUUUAUUUACUCAUCAUUCAAAAUAAUAUAUGAAAAUAUUCCUUGCAUGCUUCCAGUUAAUUUGGUUUUAAAAUGUAAAGAUAUAUUUGUUUUGGUUGUGAAAAUAAUUUUCUUCGGAAAAUUAAACCGAGUACUUCUAAAUUUUUUGUAUUGCCAUAAUUUUUAAUUAAUAUUUAAUAUUGAGAUUUAAUAAUACUUACAAUUUGUAUCAUGUUUCUAGAUGUAAAUGGAUGCUAUUUAGAAAAAUAAUUGGAACUUGAUAUGAGUUGUUUUUAAUUGAGUGCAUUAGAAUUUUGUUUAGAAAAAUUAACAUUUUUACUCAGGAAGUACUUUUUCAUUUUGGUCCUAAAUUUUUCAUGUCUAAUAUUAUUCAUUUUAAUGCAUAAUUUAAAGCAGUACUUCUUGUUACAUUUAAAUAAAAUAUAUUUAACUGUACUUGUUUUCCUGUUAAAACUUCUCUCUAAAAUAUAGAUUUAAUUAAAUCUUUGAUGUAUGUUAAGGGGUUAUUUUUAUAGAUGGUCUUUUCAUCUUGUUCAUCACAAAAUAUUAUGUAGUUUUGUAUUAUGAUACUGCAUCAUAGAAGCACACUGUUGGGUGGUGCGGUGGAUGUUAGAACUACACAUAUUUUGAUAUGAACAAAUUUAUAUGCACUUUGAUGCUUUUAUGUAAUUUAUUUAUGUGUUGUUUAAAUGUAUAUAAUCCAGUACUUAGAAAAAUAGAUCUAAUUUAAAGUUAUAAUUCUAGUUAUAGAAAUUAUUGUACUUAGAAAUACUUAAAUGCUUAUAAAAUGUUGUUAUAUGCCAAUGUGGCUUUUAUUAUGUCAGCAAUUUUAAAUUUUGUUAUGCACUGCAGUGAGGCUUUAGAUUUAACUUCUUGUGAGCUUGCAUAUUUCUCUGCAUAAUGAAUCAAAGUUUCCAUCACAAUUUUGCUUGAAAUUUACGCACAAAUGAUAUUUUUCUUUUGAAAUAUCAUCUUAAACUGAACAAUUUGUUCAAACUAAAAUUUAUAAACCGGGAAUAUCUUUCCCUUUUAUGUCCAUUUAUAUUAAGUAAGUUCUUGUAUUUUUAGCAGGAUGUCGAAUAUAAUGCCUCUUUGGAUAUAUAAUAUAUAUAUAUAUAUUGUUACUCAAAAUAUAUAAUGUUAACUUGCAUGAAAUUUGUGAAUAAAAUUUGUUUAUGUAAGUUAA